AUGGAAUUUAACCCAGACACUAUCUUCACCCCCAGCAAACCUGUCUGCUGCUCAUGGGGUCCAAUGCCACAUUUCCCACCUAAGGUUGAAAACAACGGCAUCUGCUACAAAUACACCAUUGAAGGGACUGGUGAUACCUGUCAGCGGAUUGCCGACGUAUAUGGUAUUACCGUGGACGAAAUCCAGCAAUACAAUGACAAGUCCUACGGCUGGGCUGGAUGUGAUAAUCUUGUUCAGGGUGAUUUCAUUUGCUUGAGCCCUGGAGAGCCCAUGAUGCCCGUCGCUCUUCCUCAGGCAACAUGUGGUCCUCAAGUGCCACAGGCAAUACGACCGAGCAAUUGGGGUGAUGUUAGCUCCAUGUUUCCAUGUGCAUUAGGUAAAACGGAUACAAAGUGCUCGUCAGGAAAAUGCAUCCAGCCAACUGCAACCACUACAGCUACGAAACGAGCGACUACCUUGACCAAGGCAACAAAGGUAGCAGCAAUUACAACAGCAAGUGCUCCCAAGCCAACAUUCUCUCUGUCCUCGAUCUCUGACUCCUGGAUGAUCCGCAUCUUUGACUCAACGGACUGUACUGGAGAUUUCUAUUUCGUCGAGGGACGUAACAAUCACAUUGACGAAAGCAAAUGCCUCAACCUACAUGGAGGUUUGAGCCCUAACGCGGGCGACGAUGUUUCGUGUACAUGGUGGACUAAGGAUGGAACCGAGUCUACAUAUUGCGAUGCCAGCUCGCUGAACUCUCCAGGUUCGUUUUAUUUGAGCCAAGCUCACUGUAAUGUAUUCAAGAAAGCGGAUUGCUCGGAUAGAGUUCUUAUAGGCUAUGAUUACACCAUCCAGAAAGGCUGUCACAGUGCUGAGCAGGUCAAUGCUUGGUCUGCAUUGAUGUGUGGAAUCAAGGCAUAA